AUGUUCUUCUAUUCUCCGCAUGGUCGUCUACAAGCAGGUUUCAAUCGCCGACCUACACUUUCUCAUCCUCCUCACACUACACACGAUCAGUUAAACCAACGACUUCUGUAUCGUAUUCCUGAACUUCUUUCUCGUCGUACAACGUUAGAUAUUCAAGAUCUGAUUAGAUACCUGCCAGAAGAUCGGCGUCCAGACGAAUACAACAAUCUUCCACAAUCCAUUGUAUGUGAACCGCAUAAUACACAAGAUCUUGAAAUAUGUGCUUCUCCUGUUUCACCUACGCUCUCUGUGAAAGAUGCACAUCGUCAAAGUCCUCAUAAGGUUUUUCUUCGUCGUCCAACAAUCACCAUCCAGGAUGAUGGAAAAAUUGUCAUAGAUCACGUGACAGCAAGAUGGGAAGGUGUACCCCUGAAUUCUCAAACGGCGUUGAUCGACACUGAUGAUGGUGGAACCGUCAUCACGGACACCAUUAAGGAUGAUGCUGAACAAGAAGAACCGAAAAGCUGUCCACAGCAAACCGUUAAGUAUAUUAAAAUCCUUACACCACAUGUUAUACUUGUUACGGUGCUUAUCGGUUACCUAUGUUUGGGUGCAUGGAUACUUAUGUUACUCGAGACACGAACAGAACUACUAGCGCGAUCACGUAAACUCGUUCGAUUAACAAAUAUGAUGUCGAAUUUUACCGCGGACAGUUGGCGAAUCCUUAAUGAAGCACAGCACGGUCGUCGUGUUGUUGAUGAACAGGACUGGGCAGCUACGUUUCGAGAAUGGAUGCUAUCAGUAUCUGAAGUCGUCGAUGAUCGGCGACCGAUUCGACGUGAACUGAAUCGACCCGAUGAUCUUGCUAAUAUGCACAAUAAAUGGACAUUUCCAACCGCAUUGCUCUAUGUCCUUACCGUACUAACAACUUGUGGCUACGGUGAAGUUUCUGUAGAUACGGAUGUCGGUAAGGUAUUUGCGGUAGCUUUUGCCCUGGUUGGUAUUCCGUUAAUGUUCAUUACUGCGGCCGAUAUUGGGAAAUUUCUCUCAGAAACACUGCUCAAAUUUGUUAGUAACUGGAAUCGAAUGACACGAAAAAUAAAGCAGUGGAUUUACCGAAGUCGAUCUGGUCGACGAAAAUCAAUGCAAUCGUCAAACGGUAACACUGACACAUUAGAUAUUCUUGGUGUGGACGGAACUGAAGAAAAAUUAUGGUUUCCUAUUGGUGCUUAUGUUGCUUGUAUUUGUUUAUAUUGUUCCAUGGGAUCGGCCAUGUUUAUAAACUGGGAACGUACCUGGUCUUUCAUUCACGCCUUUCACUUUGGAUUCAACUUAAUAGUGACCGUUGGAUUGGGAGACAUUGUCGUCCAGGAUUAUAUUUUUCUUUCACUCAUUGUCGCCUUUGUUAUUGUUGGUCUUUCGGUAGUGACUAUGUGUGUUGAUUUGGCUUCUACUCAUCUGAAAGCGUAUUUCACUCGAAUUCACUAUUUUGGUCGUGCGAAACGGUUUCUAGGGAUGAGUGAAGAGUUGAAGGAAAUUGUUGCUCUACUCGGAGCAAUGAGGCGAAAAAAAGGAGGAAAGGUUACAUGGAAUGACGUACGGGAUUUCCUCGACAACGAGUUACGUGAUCGUCCAUUCGAGCCACACGAAUUACUUAUGAAGCUGCGGUUUAUAGACGAGACUUCUUCAGGAAUGUCAACUAUACGACAUAACUCCUUCCAAUCUGACUUUUUUCGAGAAUCUGAGUAUAUACGGCGUGUGCAAGCACUAAGACCGGAGCAGCCGGCUUAUCUUUGA